AUUGCUCUUUCACAAAAAUAAUACAGAACCACUUCCUACUGAGAUGAAUUGGGCACGCGAUAAUGCCAAUCUGAGCGAAGAAGACCUGAAGACGGUGUUCAAGUACGAGCCUAAGGAGUCAACCGUUAUUCGAAUGCUAGCAAGUCAAGAUUGGCGAGUCGAGAUAUCUUCACAAGAAAGUGAGAAACAGUGGUCUCAAUGGAUCGAAAAUGACCUCCCAUCUAUUAAUGGAAGUGACUCUGGAGUAGUACUGCUAUUGGCGAAACGAAGUGGAGAACCGGCUUUGCAGAGAGUCAAAAAGGUAACUUCCGAUGACUGGAUUGAACGAGCGAAUAAGGAGAGCCAUUUAGUAUGUGAUCUCAGAAGAGCAGACACUUUCUCUCCUUUGCAGGAGAAAGAACAGUCGAAUCCGAGUAGCGCAGCACGCCAAAUACUGAGCGGCCGCCGAGGUGUUCGAACUAUACCAUUCUCGAGAGAUACCUUCUGGCAGAUCACUAGUAGCUUCCACACACAUGGAUCCAUUGCCCGAGUUGUAAGCCGGACAGAUGUACCAGUAUUUACUUGCAAUAAAGUGAGAAUGACUGAGCCAGCUUAUGUAUACAAUUGCCGAUCUUCGAACGCAUGGGAGAUGGAUCUUGCUCUAACAGCCACUCAUUUCCCUAAAAGCAGAUUGACCUUUGCGAUCCUCUUCGGUUGCCCUUUCUCUAUUGAGAAGGAAAUUGUCAUGCGGUUGGCUCGAGUGAAAGCGGAGGCGGCGCACCCACUUCUCCUGCCCGGCAUGUUUGCCGAGUUUGAAGCAAGGCGACACACGACUUUGGUUGAAGAGAUGGGCAAUAAGCUCGAGGCACUGAUAUUUCAGCUCGAUUUUCAGUCCAAUAACCUCAAAGGCCCUCAGAGAGCAGAGGCAGAGGCAAGGAGCAAGGAAAAACGUACUGCGUAUCUUGAUCUUGCAUACCUUAGGAACUCUCUCGUAAGCUGGAACAUCCAAUUGGCCAAAAUGGUUCAGCAUUGUCGGCAGCUCAAUAGGGAUGAGUAUCGCAAUGUGAAUGGAAACAAUGACCUAUUAUAUCCAAGCCACAGUGCUAGAGUUGGGCGACCAGCCGAACGAAUUGAAACUAGGAGCGUCGGCAACUCUAGAAGCCCGUCAAGAGAUGAAUGGUUCGAGGUAGAAGCUUCUGCAGAAUGUGAACCAUUAAUACAAGACGAAAAUGCAGAUCUCACCCGGACGUGGGAUUGUACGAUGCCUAUAAAUUUGAAUAGCAGCAUAUGUUUAUCAAAGGACAAGUGCGUUGAACUUGGACCUCUGGGAACUAAGAAUAACGAGCUCGUAAUGACGGAGCGACUUUCCCAGAUGACUGGCAAAAAUCAGGACGAUAUUGGAGAAGACACCUACAGCCAGAUGCGCGACGCUGGGUUUAAAAUUGAGUCCCGCCUCAUGUCAAUCAGGGACGAAAACGACGACAAGAUCCGAGAUUGUACCAUGCGUGUUGAGGGCAUGGCUAUGGCGACGCAAUGGUCACAUAGCGAAACGAACGUUGAGGUAGCACUAGCUACAAACCAAGAUUCGAGACAUAUGAGAUCGAUCGCGCUGGUAACGAUGAUCUUUUUGCCAGGCACAUUUUUCGCUAGCAUGUUUUCAAUGACCUUUUUCAACUGGUCUAACCAGCCUGGUACACAAACUGUGUCAACAUACCUGUGGGUUUAUGUAUUGAUAACUAUAUCCUUUACGGCGCUCACGAUUGGGUUAUGGUAUUAUAUUGUUGUUUUUCGGCACUCGAGAGGGAAGAGAAAAGAUAGGGGAGAUCUGGAGGGAUAAAAGGGUUUUAAAUCUGGGCGAACAUUUGUAUUCUAUCUGCCUUCAUUUCUGUGUAAACUUCUGGCUGCCUUUGGUACUCUUUCUGUCAUUGCGGAAAAUAUUAAUAUACCUACACUAUACACCGGGCGCCUUCU